CUUCACUGUGUUGACGACAUAGAGUUCUCCUAGGUUCCUUUAUAUAUAUAUACCCUAAUAGGACAGAAUGCAUUCAUUCUUAGAGGAGUAAUAAGAUCAAAAUUCAGUACCCUUUAUCCUCCAGGGGUUUCAUGCAAUUUUAAAACGACACUAUGGAAAUCAAGAACCGUUGUAAAUUGGACUAUAGCUAACCUUCCACAUAGAAGAGAACGUAAGAGAAGGCCUAUUCUCUGUAGACUGGGCUAUGGAGGAAGGAGAGGGUCCUUUGUCUGCCUUCGUGUUCCUGUGGGUGCUGACCAUGUUUUUCCUGAACGAGGAGCCUCUAGUGUAUCUGGGAGUUUAGAAGAGUUCUUAUAAGUGUGCACCGACCUAGACUUGACUAGAGACCAAGGUACCAACUGGAGACAGUUCUUGGUUAGAUGUGGGAUCCCAUGUGAACUUCCCCCUCUCAGCGCGGGCCCCCAGCUGGCUUGAAACUGCAGACCUUGUGCAUGCUGCCACACAGCCUGGCUCCCACAUGGUUUGGAACUGGGUUGAGGAUCACCCUUCUCCUCUGGUAUCAUGCAGCGCACCUUCUAGUACCAUGAGCUGGUACUAGUUAGAGGUGAAGCCUCUGUGUAGGCACCAGCUGGACCUCUCUGUGUUCUCUGUCACAACACUGACCAAUUCUGAUGCUGUUUGUCCUGACCCCGCAAUGGCCUGUUCUGUCACCUUUCCACUCCUGUGAGUGCAGUUCCCUCUUCCUUUAUUGAUGGCUAGAGUCCGCAUGCCUCCAUCUUACCAGCUGCUACUAAGAAAAGGGAGUAAAGAAGGUGAACUAGUUAAUCCAGGGAAAGGAGCUAGUAAACAAAGAAUGUCAGAAGACAGAGAACAGAAGAAGGAAGGCAUUCCUAAAGAAGCUAUGAGCAAAGAAGACACGUCUUCAUUAACAGAUGUUGUAGAGCAAGUUGCAAAACAACAACAAUCACAAACAUCUGAAAUAGAAAAACAUAAGAGAGUUCUGUUCUGUUUGCAGAUUGAACUUCAUGAUCUUGAAAAACAAAUAGCAGCUGUUGCUGCAGAAGCUAAAGAAACAGAGAAGCAAAUGCACCAGCAAGAUGCUGCCAUGGAGAAUUCCAAACUUCAUUGUGGACUCUUGGAAGCUCAAAUUGAGUCCUUAUAUUCGGAAAGUGUAAAGCUGAAAUUUGAUACAGAAACAGCCCAAGAACAAUUUGAGGAACAAAUGAUAAAAUAUAAUGCAUAUUAUGCAAAAAUAAAAGCCUAUAAAGAUAGUUUAGGAGAGACAGAAAGCAAAUGCUCAUUUAUGACUGAACUCUAUGAAAAACGAGAGCUCAUCAAAAACCUAAAGACAAUGAAAGAAGAUCUUAGGGAAGAUCUCCAGAAUCCACAAGGAAGAUGUGCAACACAAAUACAGGAAGAUAUUUCAAAGCUAACGAAUAAAAUUAUGACAGUAAAAGAUUCAAUCAUUGAGAAAACAUAUUUUAUUGAAGAAGAGAAAAAGACACAUGAGAGACUAAGAAAAGAAAUAGAGGUACAACAUAAGAGAAAUGAUGCAAUUCUUAAGCGUUUGCAUUGCCAGGUGAACAAGAUUCAGUUAAACAGGAGAAAAUGGCAAUGGAACAUCCAACAACUGGAAAAAACUGCAGCUGAGUUAAAAAAGCGCCUCGGAGUGAAAGAAGCCCAGGAAAUACAGAACAGACCAAUAGCAUCGUGGGAAAGAAUAUUGUAAAGACCCUUUGGGCUCCUGAGAGCCAGCACCCGGUGGCAGAGGCCUGUCUCAAUGACCGAUAUUUUCUUUUUCCUCCUCCUCUUCCUUCUCUUUGUUUCAGUCAAGUAUCUAAUGGUUAAAGUGCCUCCUAUCUAUGGUGCACGGUAGACAGUAGCAGUGCUUACAGGAAGCGAGCAGAAGAGUGUGUGCAGUCAGAUGUUCCUUACCCUCCUGAUGCCUCCAUAUAGUAAUGUUGAAAGUAAAAAUUUAGAAGAAACAGUUGGGUUUCCAAGGACUUCAAUUGCUGAAGUAUUUAAAGAAUAGUUGUCUGUUUCAAACUUUUUAUUAGAUUUUUUUACAACUGUCUUUGCAAUAACCCAUGAAUAUUAAUAUUCAUGAUAAUAUCAUUAUAUGUUUAAUGCAUCAACUAUUUUAUUGUUUCCUCUUUUCUCCAGGAGGUAGCAAUCAUUUCCCUUUGUUUUUAAAUAAUAUAUUUUAGAGUGUUACAAUACAUAAAAUUUGUGUUUACUCUUCAGUCUAUAAAUUCUUUAUUCCUAUAUUGUGACUAAAAUAAAAUUAUAGCAUCAUAUAAAGCAGACAUACAAUAAAACUCUUCAAAGAGAUAUUUUUCCACAUUGAAAGGCAAAUUUUUUUGUCAAUGGCAAUAAAUUGAAUGUAAAAACACCUCUGAA